AUGCAAUCAUCAGCUUUAGGACAUCUCAAAGAAUUCUUUUUACAAUUUGACAUGUUUGGAUAGCCACCAGCAUUUAGAAUUUUGGGAAAAUAAAAAUACAAUUCAACUCUGGGGGCACUUUUGACAAUGGGAACUAUAUUCUUUGCUCUAGCCUACUUAGCUGUCGGAAUCCAAGAAUUAAUAGCCAAAGAUUCUCCUAAUGUGAUUUCGUCAGAAAGACAAGUCAUCGAGACAUCGCCAUUUAUUCUUAAUAGGAAUAACUUCACCAUCGCUCUCACCAUGGCCGAUCUAAAUAGUCAACCUUUGACAACCAUUAAUAAGUACUUUACGAUUUAACUGAAAAAUUGCCAAACCACUAGGAUUUAUAAUGAGACCACUCAGAUUUCGAAUGUUACAAGGAAGUAAACUAAAAUAUAAACUAGUUGCACCAUCCUACCCUUGGAAGCAUGCACCAGAGAACAUUUUUUAUCUGAAACCUAAAUUGACUAUUUUUCGAGGAUUAGAUUGGGGUCGGUUUAAUGCAUACAAAAGGAUUAUUGGGAUAGUCAUCCACCUGUAUUACAAGGGAUUAAGACAAGUCAGAUUUAUUCUUCUUUGACUGUGACUGUUUCAGUAUGUAAGAACUCAACCAAUAAGACCGAUUGCGCUCCAAUUGAAGAUAUUAAAAAAUAACUUAAUUCUGGUUUUUACGCCGUUCAUCUAAGUGAUUCCUUAUUACAGAUGAACAGAGCUGUGAAUAUGUCCCUGGAUAUCAUAAACAUUUAAUACUAUACAUUUUCAAUUACCACCUCUAAAAAUAUAUUUUAGCAAUUUAAAGCGAUCGAAACAUAAACGGAUUCAGGAUUGGUAUUUGAGGACGUAUCUGAAUAGCACGUGUUGAUUUAAGAUUCCCUAAGAGAAUCCACAGACUUAUACAACAAUGAAUAUUUAGUGUUACACAGUAUCAAUCUCAGCCCAAAAUACAGUGAAUACUAAAGAUCAUACGUAAAAGUCUAAGCCAUUCUAAGCAGGGUGGGGGGCUUAUAUUAAAUGAUAUUUUUAUUGUUGGCUGCUUUUAUAAAGCCGUUAGUCCAAAUUAUGUUGGACAUAGAUAUGGCAAAUGAACUGUUUAAAUUUACUACUUACAAUAAUGCCAAGGAUAAGUCAAACGUGUCCGAUGAUAACAAGGUCAUUGAUGCAUUAGCUGGAAUAGUUAGGAGUAGGAGGAGACUCUUAUCUCCCAGAGAUACUGGGAGAUUAAAUAGUGAACCGAAUCAAGAAAAUGAAAGUUUAAAUGUAAUUUUAAAGAAGAAAAAUCGAAUAGAUCCAAGCAUUAGAUAAAUACUUUGGAUAUGUAUUGGAUGCGAUAGAAAAAAAAAAAAAAUGUUAAAUGUGUCGAAAGAAAAAUAUAUGGAGAAAUUAGAUGUGAAAUUGAUAGUUUAGAAAUUAUUUGAGUUUGAUUAGCUAAAAGAUGUCAUUUUAAGUGAAGAAUAGAAGAAAUUAUUUAAGUACUUGCCUAAACCAAGUAUUCCUUAAGAUUUAGAGUAAGCUAAAGUUUUAGAUUUCUAAAAGUAAAGUUAAUAGUUGUAAUCUAUUGCUAUUUAAGAGGCUUUUGAAGCAUAUGAAAAAGUGAUUUCUUAGGGAGGAAAAUCAGGCGUUAAUCUAAAACUAAUUUAAUCUCUAGACCCGGAAAUAUAAGCACUGUUUUAAUCAAUUUAAAAGAGCUAAGCUAAUUAGAAUUAAUUCUUAAACGAUAUUCCUUUGAAUCAAUCCAAGAUCAGAUUUGACGCCGGUGAAUUAGGAGAAUGUUAAUCAAUCUAUUAGGAAUGUAUCACUACUCCUCAGAAGAUUUACACUAAAAUUCCAAAAAGAAUGAAAAAAUAACAUGAAACAUAAUGA